AUGACGGACCAGUAUCUGCAAGAGCAACAUGCCCUUACCAUUGCCCGCACCGUCCAGAGAGAACGAGAGCUCGCCCAAGCCCGGCUGGAUUCUGACCAUGGCGAUAGUUGGGUCAUGAUCACCCAAACGGGUGAAAUCAACCCUUUGCCUCAGGAGCAUAUCAGACACAGGUCCAACGCGAGGGUCGGUCUCGAGCUGUCCGUCCCCAAGUCGUUGCAGCAAGGCCGGACGCCAUUCACGCGCAAGAGCGACAGUGGCACGGUAUACAUAACGACGCAACGAGUCAUCUACAUUCCCGCAAAGCCAACCCCCGAGUUCAAAUCGUUUCAUGCGCCCAUCCUAAGCUGCGUAGACACGUUUGUGGGCACGCCAUUCUUCGCCGCGUGGUACUGGCUCGCCACCGUCGUGCCCGUUCCUGGAGGCGGCGUGCCUGCCGACGUUCCGAGGGUCGAACUGAAGCUCACUUUCAAGGAGGGGGGACACAACGAGUUCAUGCAGAGAUUCGGGGAACUCAAGGAACGGCUGGAGCAUGUGCGGCGACUACAGCAGGAGACGGGACAGCUGGUCAACAUUCCGGACGAGCCGCUGCCGGCGUACGAGGCAACGGAGGGCGGUGGUGCGGCAGCACCGGCGACCCUCGCUCCGCAAGAGACGAUCAGUCGGUCAGCAAGCUCUGGCAGCCAGAACAGACGGCCGGACGAGCCGCCACCGGGUUACGACGAGGCGCAGGCGCAGACACUCAGCAUGCGACUGGAAGACCACAUCCGCGAGGAAUCAGAUAGAUCAUAA